CGUGCAUUUCCAUGUCAGGAGUGUGAGAUUGGAACUUGCAUUCCAAGCCAUUGAUCUCAAACCUCCAAAACACACACACAAAAACACAAACACACGAAUCUCCUCUCUCUCUCUCUCUCUCUCUCUAAACAAACAAAAUAAACUGCAUUCUCUUUCUCUGUUUUCUCUGUUUUCCUGCAACUUUUUCUUUCCCCUAACAAAUCGAAAAGCGAGUUUUUUUCUCACCAAAAUUCGCUUUUUUCCGUUAGGGGUUCCUUCUUCUCCUCCUUCUCCAUCAUCCACAAAUGCAACGUCAUCAAUUUCCUCCUUAAACCCUUAUGGGGCAGGGGGAUCCUCUGUUUUCUUCAUCACCAACCUCUGUUUUUCCUCUGUUUUCAUCUUUACAAACAAAAUCAUGGUGAAACCUCAACUGGGUUUUGCUUCAUUCCGAGGUUUAUUCAUUUUCGGUCUUGUUCUAGUGCUUUCUCUUGUGAUUACCCCAGCUAAGUGCCAGGAUGAUUCACAGGUAAUGGGCAUUUUGAGGAACAUGAUUCAACCCCCUGUUAGCUUCCAAUGGUCAGACCCUAAUGUCUGCAAAUGGAAGCACGUUCAGUGUGGUCCUGGAAAACGUGUCACCGCCAUUCAAAUCGGGAACCAGAAUCUUCAAGGCUCUCUCCCCAAAGAACUCGAGAAGCUCACAGAAUUGGUGAUAUUUGAGUGCCAGGGAAAUGCCUUAACUGGGUCAUUCCCUUACCUUUCAAAAUCCUUGCAGAGAUUGGUCAUCCAUAGAAACAAAUUCAGUUCCUUCCCCAGCGAUUUCUUCAAGGGUAUGAGCAGUUUGCAAGAGGUGAGAAUGGACAACAACCCUUUUCUUCAGUGGCAGGUUCCUGACUCACUCAGAGACUGCGUUGCGCUGCAAAUUUUCAGUGCUGAGAGUGCUAACCUUGUUGGAACUAUCCCUGAGUUCUUUGGAAAAGAUGGUCCAUUCCCUGGUUUGGUUUAUCUCUCUUUGUCUGAUAAUUCUCUUGAAGGUGGUUUACCUGAAACCCUUGGUGGUAGUUCAAUUGAGAAUCUCUUGGUGAAUGGACAGAACAGCAACUCUAAACUCAAUGGUACACUUGCUGUGUUGCAGAAGAUGACUUCCUUGAAGCAAAUUUGGGCUCAUGGAAAUGCAUUCACUGGUCCAAUCCCUGACUUGUCAAAGCUUAAUCAAUUAUUUGAUUUGGGGUUAAGGGAUAACCAGUUGACUGGUGUUGUUCCACCCUCAUUGUGGGAUCUUCCAAGCCUCAAAGUUGUGAAUUUGACCAACAACAAUUUUCAAGGUCCAAUUCCCAAGUUCAGAGAUGGGGUAGCAGUGGACAAUGAUCUUGGUAGAGGGAGGAACCAGUUCUGCACAAGUGUACCUGGGGAGCCAUGUAGUCCUUUGGUGAAUGUUCUGCUAUCUGUUGUGGAGCCUUUGGGUUAUCCUCUCAAGUUUGCUGAGAGUUGGCAAGGUAAUGAUCCUUGUGCUAAUAAAUGGAUUGGUAUUGUUUGCUCUGGUGGAAACAUCACUGUGAUCAACUUUCAGAACAUGGGUCUUUCUGGCACCAUUUCUCCUAAUUUUGCCAGCAUUACUUCUCUGACAAAAUUGCUUCUUGCUAACAAUGCUAUCACUGGUACCAUACCAAAGGAACUCACUAGUAUGCCUCUUCUGCAAGAGCUAGAUCUUUCAAAUAAUCAGUUGUAUGGCCGAAAACCGUCGUUCCGUGAUGGUGUGGAUGUCAAACUAGGUGGGAACCCUGAUAUUGGAAAGAAUAAACCUUCUUCUCAAAAUGGCUCAGGUUCUGGAGGCAACAAACGUAAUGUUACAGCCAUAGUUGUUGGAAUUGUGGUAGGUGUUGUCAUUUUACUUGGUGUUGUGGCUGCGAUACUUUUUUAUAGGAGAAAGUGGAAGCAGGAGGGAAAAGCUGAAAAGAAAACUGCAAACGGGGCACAUCCUCGCCGUUAUGAGGAUGGAAAGGAGGUGAAGAUACAGAUUACAAGUGAUGGUGUUGGUGGUGAAGGAACUAAUGUGUUAAGCCCCACUUGUUAUCAGGGGGACGCUAGUAAUAUGGUGAUUUCAAUUGAAGUUUUGAGAGACGUUACUGACAAUUUUAAUGAAGAAAACAUACUGGGGAAGGGAGGUUUUGGCACUGUAUACAAAGGAGAAUUGCAUGAUGGGACAAAGAUUGCUGUGAAAAGGAUGCAGCUAGGAACGGUGGGCGAGACGGGGCUGAAUGAGUUCAUGGCUGAAAUUGGAGUGCUUACUAAGGUUCGACACAAGCAUUUGGUUGCACUCUUAGGUUAUUGCUUGGAUGCAAGUGAGAGACUUCUUGUCUAUGAGUACAUGUCUCAGGGUGCUCUUAGUACACAUUUGUUCAACUGGAAAGUGGAAGGACUAAAACCGCUGGAAUGGAAGACAAGGCUUAGUGUUGCCUUGGAUGUUGCUAGAGGUGUUGAGUAUCUUCAUGUUCUGGGCCAACAGAUUUUUAUUCACAGGGAUCUCAAACCAUCCAACAUUUUGCUUGGAGAUGAUAUGCAUGCUAAAGUAUCAGACUUUGGAUUGGUCAGGCUUGUUCCUGAAGGAAAAGCCUCAUUUCAAACUAGACUUGCUGGAACUUUUGGUUACAUGGCACCAGAGUAUGCAGCCACCGGAAGACUUACAACAAAGGUUGAUGUCUACAGUUUUGGGGUGAUUCUCAUGGAGAUGAUAACUGGAAGGAGAGCACUUGAUAACUCCCUACCCGAUGAGAACAUCCACCUUGUUACAUGGUUCCGGAAGAUGCUAAUGGAGAAAGACUCAUUGAGAACCAUCAUUGACCCAGCAAUUGAAGUUGAUGAGGAAACCUACACCAGCAUUAGCACUGUUGCUGAGUUAGCAGGGCAAUGCACUGCAACAGACCCUUAUCCGCGACCCGACAUGAGCCAUGUAGUGAAUAUGCUAUUACCUCUUAUUGAGGUGUGGAAGCCUACAAAGGUAGAUGCUGAAGACGUUUAUGGGAUCAACUUUAAUAUGACAUUACCAGAAGCACUCCAAAGGUGGCAGGAUUUUGAAGGAACUAGCACCCUGGAUUUAUCAUUGCAUAAUACUACUAGUGGAGAUAAUACAAGGUCAAACACAACCACUCAACAAUCAGACAAUGCAGGUUCCUUUACACCUUCUUCUGGACCAUGAAUAGCGUGUUUGGAUCAUCUUCUUUUUUCUCUCAGAAUCAAUUGUUGCGCACAGAAGCUGCUGCUACAAAUGCUUGAUUUUAGCUUUAAAAAUGAUUAUAUUAAGCGUUUACAAACAUGUACGAAGUUAGAUAGACUUUAUAUCAGCUCUGGCUUCCAUGUAUGUACUUCUUUUGUCAGGCAUGUUUCACUUCCUCACCCUACAGCCACCAUAUAGUACUCUGAACUUGAUGGUUUCUUUUCUUUUGAAAAAUGAUAAAACUUCUGGUAUUCUUGAA